UAGCCUUAGUCCUUAAAGUCUCUGACAUGCAGUGAGUUCACUAAGAUGGGAGUGUUGUGGAACUUACUUGUAGCUCUGUCCUUAACUGUUUCCUGCCCCUACUGAGGCCUAAAAACACCAAGGGUCGGCACAGGCUGCUGGGAGGCCGCCUCUUCCCUCUUGGCCUCCCAGUUUCCCAGUGUGUUUUGGACCGCCAAAUGGGAGGGGGAGAAGCAAGAUGGCUCCAGCCUCCGGCUGUUCGGCUGCCUGACCUGGGCAGGCAAGCCCCCACCUGGCUUGCAUCUUGUAGUGAAAGGAGACAAGCUAAUUGAGAAACUGAUUAUUGAUGAGAAGAAGUAUUACUUAUUUGGGAGAAACCCUGAUUUGUGUGACUUCACCAUCGAUCACCAGUCUUGCUCCAUGUAGCACUGGUUUACCACAAGCACCUGAAGAGAGUUUUCUUGAUAGAUCUCAACAGCACUCAUGGCGCUUUCUUGGGUCACAUUCGGGUGGAACCUCACAAGUCUCAAGAGGUUCCCAUUGAUUCCGCGGUCUCAUUUGGUGCAUCCACAAGGGCAUACACUUUGGGAGAGAAGCCUCAAACAUUGCCAUCAGCUGUUAAGGGAGAUGAGAAGAUGGGUGGAAAGGAUGAUGAACUCAAGGGUUUGCUGGGACUUCCAGAAGGGGAGACCAGGCUUGAUAACUUGACAGAUAACACUGCCCACAACAAACGGAUUUCAGCUCUCACUCUUGAGGAGGGAAAUCCGGACUUUCAGAGACCAGAGAGGAAGAGGAAGAACUCACGGGUGACUUUCAAUGAGGAAGAUGAGAUCAUCAACCCAGAGGAUGUGGAUCCCUCUGUCGGUCGCUUCUGGAACAUGGUGCAGACUGCAGUGGUUCCAGUCAAGAAGAAACGGAUGGAGUGCUCUGGCUCUCUGGGCCUGGAGGAGACAGGAAGCAGGCGCAUACAGAACUUUGCCUUCAGCGGAGGACUAUACGGGAGCCUGCCCCCCACACAUAGUGAAACAGGCUCCCAAUCGCAUGGCAUCCAUGGGACAGCACUCAUUGGUGGCUUGCCAAUGCCAUACCCGAACCUCGCCCCUGAUGUGGACUUGACUCCUGUUGUGCCGUUGGCAGUGACCAUAAACUCCACACCAAACCCUGCAGUCUAUAACCCUGAAGCUGUAAACGAACCCAAGAUGAAGAAAUACGCAAAGGAGGCUUGA